GUCUUCUCUUUCACUUUCAAGCGUCCCUGUGAUAAAGAUUAAAAAUCAACAUGAGUGACGGGAAAGAAAAAGACAAAAAACCUGAUUUAGGUUUACUAGAAGAAGACGACGAAUUUGAAGAAUUUCCAGCAGAGGAUUGGACUGGUGCUGAUGAGGAUGAAGAGGAUGUAAAUGUAUGGGAAGAUAACUGGGACGACGAUAAUGUAGAGGAUGAUUUCUCACUACAGCUCAGGGCAGAAUUAGAGAAGCAAGGGAAGACUCUAGAAGGACAGGAACCAAUGAAGACUUAAAAAUUCAUCCACUUCAAAAAACAUAUAAUGUCAUCAUCUCCUUCAUAUUAUAUUAUAGAUAAAUCAUCCACAACCUAAACUAA